AUGUCGACUCUGAAAACAACUGACAAGGCCCAAGCAUCCAGCAAUGCAGACACUGAACUCAAACCAGCAGAGAAGAAGCCGCUGUAUAGCGUCCUUACUCAUCUCCAAGACCGCAUCGACUUUGAGAGAGUUGCCUCUGAUAUUGAGAUUCCGAAUGCAGAGGCAGCGGAAAAAAAGAUUGCAACCACCAUCAAAGGUGAUCAGAUUGGUGAAACUGGCAAUGACGGAAACUUUAUGGGAGACACAAAGACUCCUGUAGGGAUACAAACAAAGACUAAGGCUGCUAUUACGCCAAAAGAAUUGAUGGAUGCAGGAUCUGCUCGAAAGAAACGAAAGACCACCGAAAUGAAGGGAGGUGGAGAUGGUUUGGUCGAGGCUAAGGGAUAA